AUCCAGGGUGUCUGCGGAGCGCGGGGGGCUGAGGACCACCCGCCUCCCUCUGCGCGGGCGCCUUUGUGUCCCCCAGCCCCGGCGGAGCGAGGGGCCGCGGGCAGGGGAGCGGAUGCAAAGAGCGGCUGGUGCUGGAGGGGAGAAAGAGAAAGGGGGAUGGUGGAAGAUUUCUCUCCUUUUUUAUUUUUUUUUUUUUUGGUGGUCUCUUCGGCAGCGGCCGUUCUUCCCCAGCAGCAGCAGCAGCGGCGGCGGCAGCAGCGGCAGCAGCAGCACAGGCAAUGACUCUGCCGCAUCCGAAUCGCCUGGCCGGUGGUGCCGGCUCCGGAGACAUCACCUUGCUCUGAAGUUGCCCACCUGGAGGAGGAGGUAAAUCGGAGCGGAGCUUUCGUCCUGAGGGGUCGGCGACGGCGGGAAAGAGGAAGGAGCGAUCGCCUCCCCCAUCCCCACACACCCUCGUCCUCCGGGAGGAAGCUUGUGUAGCAGAAGAACACGGCAGAAGAGGAAAGACUUUUACUUCUUUCUAUUUUUUCUCUUUUCAAUUUUUUUUUUUUAAUUUUUCCUUGCUUGAGGGACGUUUCGUGCUUCUCGUCCGCCCCCUUUUUCCUUCUGGCUGGGGGCUUUGGUACUGUGGCCAGGUCUGCUUCCUACUCCCACCAGUGGUUUUAAUGGCUGGAUUGUGGCAGCAGCUCCCUGCUGCAGGUUGUUGAGGAUCUGAUGGGGACUGGCAUCUCAGGAGCCGGAGGUGACUGAAGAAAUGUUGAAUACAGUACUCUGCAAAAAAUAGCGUGUGGAUUUCUCCCACCUGACGAACAAGAAAAGGUCGCAGACUGGAUACUGGCUGUGGGAUUUUUUUAUUAUUUUUUAUUGGUUUCCCCCACUUUUCUGGAUGUGAAUUGAAGGCCAACAGCAGUUGAAGCUGUGGAAGCAAGAGCAAAAGGACGCUCAACUUUUUAUUUGAACACUUGUUUGCGGGGAUACUUUCAAGCUCUCCUUCACAGUCAUGUGGUCAUCACAGCUGCUGUUCUUCACAAUGCUCUUAACACCGUUUGCCCAUGCUUUCAGCCGUGCCCCCGUGCCCAUGGCUGUGGUCCGAAGGGAGCUGUCCUGCGAGAGUUACCCCAUCGAGCUGCGCUGCCCAGGAACAGAUGUUAUCAUGAUCGAAAGUGCCAACUACGGCAGGACCGACGAUAAAAUCUGUGACUCUGAUCCAGCUCAGAUGGAGAAUAUCCGCUGUUAUCUGCCAGAUGCCUAUAAGAUUAUGACUCAAAGAUGCAGUAAUCGGACCCAGUGUGCGGUCGUUGCCGGCCCUGAUGUGUUUCCAGACCCGUGCCCAGGAACGUACAAGUACCUGGAAGUGCAGUACGAGUGUGUCCCUUACAUUUUUCUUUGCCCUGGACUGCUGAAAGGAGUUUACCAGAGCGAACACUUAUUCGAGUCUGACCACCAGUCGGGCGCCUGGUGCAAGGACCCUCUGCAGGCCUCUGACAAGAUCUACUACAUGCCCUGGACGCCGUACCGGACAGACACGCUGACAGAAUACUCCUCCAAGGAUGACUUCAUUGCCGGGAGGCCGACCACGACCUACAAACUCCCGCACCGGGUGGACGGCACGGGGUUCGUGGUGUACGACGGGGCGUUGUUCUUCAACAAGGAGCGGACCAGGAACAUCGUCAAGUUUGACCUGCGGACGAGGAUAAAGAGCGGGGAGGCAAUCAUAGCUAACGCCAACUACCACGACACCUCUCCCUACCGCUGGGGAGGCAAGUCCGACAUAGACCUGGCCGUGGAUGAGAACGGGCUCUGGGUAAUCUAUGCAACAGAACAGAACAAUGGCAAGAUAGUCAUUAGCCAGCUGAACCCUUACACAUUAAGGAUCGAAGGGACAUGGGAUACUGCCUAUGACAAGAGGUCAGCUUCUAAUGCCUUCAUGAUCUGCGGGAUUCUGUAUGUGGUGAAGUCUGUGUACGAAGAUGACGACAAUGAAGCCACAGGGAAUAAAAUAGAUUACAUAUAUAACACUGACCAAAGCAAGGAUAGCAUGGUGGAUGUGCCCUUUCCAAACUCCUACCAGUACAUUGCUGCUGUGGAUUAUAAUCCCCGGGACAAUCUCCUGUAUGUAUGGAACAAUUAUCACGUUGUCAAAUACUCCUUGGAUUUUGGCCCGCUGGAUAGCAGAGCAGGUCAGGCUCACCAUGGGCAGGUUUCCUACAUUGCCCCACCGAUCCACCUGGAUUCGGAUCUGGAGAGACCGCCAUCCAAGGGAGUGUCAACAUCGGGGGCUCUGGGCCCGGGCAGCACCACUGCCAGCACCACGCCGCGGAUGGCCGCCAGCACCACGGGGCGCACCACCACCACGCCGGCCUCGGGCCGCAGGAACAGGAGCACCAGCACGCCGUCACCCAUGGCCGACGUCCCCGACGAGAUGACCACGCACCUGCCGCCCGCCUCCUCCCAGCUGCCGCCGGCCGGCGCGGAGAGCUGCGACCCCGUGGAGGCCCGCGACAUCAUGUGGUCCCGGACUCGGCAGGGCCAGGUGGCGAAGCAGCCGUGUCCCUUGGGCUCCAUAGGUGUUGCAACUUUCCGGUGUCUUGCACCUGGCGGUAUCUGGGAACCCCAAGGACCUGAUCUUAGCAACUGCUCUUCACCAUGGAUCAACCACAUCACUCAAAAGAUGAAGUCGGGCGAGAUGGCCGCCAACAUCGCGCGGGAGCUGGCGGAGCACACCAGGAACCACCUGUACGCCGGGGACAUCGCCUACUCCGUGUCCGCCAUGGUCCAGCUCGUCAACCUGCUGGACGUGCAGCUCCGGAACCUGACUCCCGGCGGGAAGGACAGCGCCGCGCGCAGCUUGAAUAAGCUUCAGAAAAGGGAGCGCUCUUGCAGGGCCUAUGUCCAGGCCAUGGUGGAGACGGUGAACAACCUCCUGCAGCCUCAGGCUCUGAACGCAUGGAGGGACCUGAACGCCAGCGAGCAGCAGCGCGCGGCCACCAAGCUGCUGGACACAGUGGAGGACAGUGCCUUCGUGCUGGCCGACAACCUGCUGAAGACAGACAUCGUCCGGGAGAACACUGACAACAUCCAGCUGGAAGUUGCAAGACUAAGCACAGAUGGGAAUCUGGAAGAUCUGAAGUUUCCCCAGAAUAUGGGCCAUGGGAGUGCCAUUCAGCUGUCAGCAAAUACCUUGAAGCAAAAUGGUCGAAAUGGUGAGAUCAGGGUGGCUUUUGUGCUGUACAACAACCUGGGCACCUAUCUCUCCACGGAGAAUGCCAGCAUGAAGUUGGGAACAGAAGCGAUGUCGACCAAUCACUCCGUCAUUGUCAACUCCCCUGUCAUCACGGCAGCAAUAAAUAAAGAGUUCAGCAAUAAGGUUUACCUGGCUGAUCCUGUGGUGUUUACUGUCAAGCACAUCAAGCAGUCAGAAGAAAAUUUUAACCCGAACUGUUCAUUCUGGAGCUACACGAAGCGUACAAUGACAGGGUAUUGGUCCACCCAGGGCUGUCGCCUCCUGACAACUAACAAGACACACACCACGUGCUCCUGCAACCACCUCACCAACUUUGCAGUCCUGAUGGCACAUGUGGAAGUGAAGCAUAGUGAUGCAGUCCACGACCUGCUCCUAGACUUCAUCACAUGGGUUGGCAUCCUGCUUUCACUCGUCUGCCUCCUGAUCUGCAUUUUCACCUUCUGCUUCUUCCGUGGGCUGCAGAGCGACCGCAACACCAUUCACAAGAACUUGUGCAUCAGCCUCUUUGUGGCAGAGCUCCUCUUCCUCAUUGGCAUCAACCGGACUGACCAGCCGAUUGCUUGUGCCGUCUUUGCUGCCCUCCUGCACUUCUUCUUCCUGGCAGCUUUCACAUGGAUGUUCCUGGAGGGGGUGCAGCUCUACAUCAUGCUGGUGGAGGUUUUUGAGAGCGAGCACUCCCGGAGGAAGUAUUUCUAUUUGGUGGGGUACGGCAUGCCUGCGCUGAUCGUAGCCGUGUCGGCAGCGGUGGACUACCGGAGCUAUGGCACGGACAAAGUAUGUUGGCUCCGACUUGACACCUACUUCAUUUGGAGCUUUAUAGGACCGGCAACCUUGAUAAUUAUGCUUAAUGUCAUCUUCCUUGGGAUUGCUCUCUAUAAAAUGUUUCAUCAUACUGCCAUCCUGAAACCCGAAUCUGGAUGUCUUGACAAUAUCAAGUCCUGGGUUAUAGGUGCAAUAGCCCUACUCUGCCUAUUAGGACUGACCUGGGCAUUCGGACUCAUGUAUAUUAAUGAAAGCACAGUCAUCAUGGCGUAUCUCUUCACCAUAUUCAAUUCUCUGCAGGGAAUGUUUAUAUUCAUUUUCCAUUGUGUCCUCCAGAAAAAGGUACGUAAAGAGUACGGAAAAUGCCUGCGCACGCAUUGCUGUAGUGGGAAAAGUACAGAGAGUUCUAUCGGCUCAGGAAAAACCUCGGGGUCAAGGACACCUGGAAGAUAUUCCACGGGCUCACAGAGCCGGAUUCGUAGGAUGUGGAAUGACACAGUCCGAAAGCAGUCCGAGUCUUCCUUUAUUACUGGAGAUAUAAACAGUUCAGCUUCACUCAACAGAGGAGCCAUGGCUAAUCAUCUUAUAACCAAUGCUCUGCUUCGUCCUCAUGGCACUAACAACCCUUAUAAUACAUUGCUCGGGGAAUCGGCGGUCUAUAACAACCCUUCUGUCAGCAUGUACAACGCACAAGAGGGGCUUCUGAACAAUGCCAGGGAUACAAGUGUCACGGAUACUCUACCACUGAAUGGUAAUCACGGCAACAGCUACAGCAUCGCCAGCGGCGAGUACCUCAGCAACUGCGUGCAAAUCCUUGACCGCGGGUACAACCACACAGAGAACGCCCUUGAGAAAAAAAUCCUGAAGGAACUCACCUCCAACUACAUCCCUUCCUACCUGAACAACCAUGAGCGCUCCAGCGAGCAGAGCCGCAACCUGAUGAACAAACUUGUCAACAGCGGCGGCGGGAGCGAGGACGAUGCCAUUGUGCUGGAUGACGCCACCUCCUUCACUCAUGAGGAGAGCCUGGGCCUGGAGCUCAUCCACGAGGAGUCGGAUGCCCCACUGCUGCCUCCCCGAGUGUACUCGGCGGACAACCACCAGCCCCACCUCUACAGUCGGCGUCGCAUCCCGCAAGACAACAGCGAGAGCUUUUUCCCUUUGCUGACCAACGAGCACACGGACGACCUGCAGUCACCCAACAGGGAUUCUCUCUACACCAGUAUGCCCGCGCUGGCUGGCAUGCCCAUGACAGAGAGCGUCGCCGCCAGCACCCAGACCGAUCCUCCACCAGCGAAAAGCGGCGGUGGUGAUGCCGACGAUGUUUACUACAAAAGCAUGCCCAAUCUUGGCUCCAGGAAUCACGUCCAUCAGCUACACACUUACUACCAGCUAGGUCGAGGCAGCAGCGACGGUUUUAUAGUCCCGCCAAACAAAGAGGGAACCUCUCCGGAUGGCAAUGCAAAAGGACCCGCUCACUUGGUCACUAGUCUAUAGAAGAUUCAGCAAAAAUUAAACAAAGAGACAACUAAAAGCCUCUCCGUAACACUCGGUUUACUAUUCUGAGUUAAUCCAAGCAGUGGUAAUAUUGUGUGUAUUCCUAAAUCUUCAUGGUGUUCAAAAGGAAAUUCUCAGACUUUUUUACUGGAAUUCUUAGGCCGGCCCGGAGAGGACAGUUACUGCUGUGCCCCCCGUAUCUUCCCAUCCUUCUUCCCUCCAGACAGACUUCAUUAUGUUAAUGAAAGAGAUAGAUAACGGCACACUUCGUGGCCUUUUCAAGUUAUGCCGUUUUGUUUAAACAAUCCUUGAUGCUGUGUUGCUCUUAAUACCGACGACCUGAUUUAAGAGGGAAAAAAAAAAAGAUAAAAGGCCAAAAAUGUGCAUUUGAAACUAGUAGCAAUGACGCAUCUAGGUGUGAGCGCUGUGUAAAACAAGCUAGCAAAACUUUUUCUUACCAAUCCAGAUCACAUCAUGGGUUAUGGUCACUCACAGCUUGGUUUCACUGCAGCGCCGUUUGCUGUGCGAGCAAACAAAAUGUAAACAAAUUUAAUGAGACAGAAGGGGAUCUUAGAAACUUGUGCUAAAAGCAUAUUUUACAUUUUGCUGUAUUAACGUAUGAUAAAAACUAAUGACAGAAAAAGAGAAGUGAAUUUCUAUGUAAUGUACAGAUACUAGCAUUGCACAUAUAGUCUGCUUUCUGUUCCUCCAGAACUUGCGUCCCUGUUAAUGUAGUGGAAAAAAAAAAUAGGAACUUCUUUCUGUUGUGCUGGUCUUGUAAGUUUGUCUACCAGUAGGAGCAAGGCUUUUCAUAACUCUUUUUUUUUUAAUUUUGUUUCGCCUCUUCCACUGUUCCUUCCCUGUGUCCCCUUCCCAUCCCAGUAAAAAAAGUCACUGGGCAAAAAAAAACCCCAGACUUUCUAAGGACCAUUUUUAGUAACACCAUCACCAUUUCUUUUCAGCCAAGCCAGUCUUUUCAUUUCCUCGCUGUAUAACCUUUUUCAGGCGGCAUGUUGCCAGCAGACCUUUUGGCAGACUAGAGCAGGGCAAACUUCCUCUUUGUCAGUGCACAACCGAUCGUGAUGAUAAUCCUGUGACGCAUCUCUGGCAAACAGCCCCUCAGCCAGGCCUUCGGGUCGCAUCCAGGGACUGAGAGGGGGUUUUGUAGUCUAAGUGGGGAUUCUACAGGAGACGGCCAUUUCCCUGGAGGAGCAAAGGGCCUUCUCGGCUCGGUCUGUCCCUGGUUUAGGCACUUGUACUGCAGUGGUUAAGAAGAAAAUAGAUUGAUAUGUAGUGAGCUAAAAAGUACUUUGCAGUGAUUUUUAAUUUAAAAAAAAAAAAAAAAAGUCCUCUGUUCAUUAUUUUUCCUAACAGGAAAUUUAUUUAUUUGACCAGAUUUUUAAGUAACAUAGGCUUUCUGGAGGUAAAUUAGCAGCACGGAGUAUGAAUUCUUCUUCUUUUUCUCUUUUUUUUUUUUUUAAUUUAUGAUCCAUUUUGUAUGGUCUCAACAGUUGAAUGACCUCAUUACUAAUAUUUGUUGUAAAAGUGAAGCUUGUUUGCCAACCAAUAAACAACUGAUCACGAUUUAGAAGAUACUGUAUGUAUGUACUGUACAAUUAAUCUCUCUUUUUUUGUCGUUGUUGUUCCUCUCUCCAUUAAUGUCAUCAGUAUGAGUCUCCACUUCUUUAUGGUAUGAGGAGCAGUGCCGAAGAAAGGAGGCCUAAACUGAGAAAUUUAAGCACAAAGAUUAUGCAGCUGUGGCUGACUAGAAAAAUGAGGCUGGUGGUACUUGUUUAGGGGCAGAAACAACACUUGUUGACAUUUGUUGCAGGUGAUUCUAGGUCUGUUUUGUGCCUACUGUAUAAAGUAGCCAACGACACAAGGAUGAUUUGAGUAUAGUGUUUCACGUGUCGUAUCUUUUAAUCAUUGUAAUUUUUUUCUUUUCUUAAUUUGUUUCCUUUUUUCUUUUUUUUUCUUUAUUCUUUUCUUUUUUUUUUCUUUUUUUUUAAUUUAGUUUUUCUGAGAUUAAAAACUGCAGGUAGCAUAUCAAAGAGUAAAACAAUUCCCCGUUAGGCUUUCUCAAUUGUUGUUUGCUGUCUCUUUAUUUUCUUGCUCCGGACAUAUGGCAAGCUCCCUCACCAUCCUUGGCCAUGUCGUCCUUCCCGCCCCAUCUCUGCCAAUGGCCCACUGGCACUUUGCUGCUCUCCUCCAGCCUCCCCCUUCAAAUCCCUUGAGUGCAGUCAGGAAUACAGAAAACCACAAAAUAGACUGGAAAGGUUGACAGGGAAAAUACCCACCUCUGGAUAUGACUGGUAAUAAAUUUUCAGUGAUUUUUUGCAAAGUCCUCCCAUGGCCUAGGGGGCUUAGAAGCUAGGUGCUUCCUCCAUCUAAACUGCCUAUCCAAGUCCUGCUGGGCUAAAAGCAAGAAGACUUGGAGCAGGUGGGUGAGGCACUUGUUAAGAUAUUCCCAGUGCUGGAGGAUAAAUGCCGCAUCAGGAGAUCAGUGGAGCAGUUCUGCUCCAUCCCGGGGUUGUCCUCACAUUGGGGCAGUGCUGCUCAGUGCUUCUCAGCAGAGUCUUGUUGGGCACCAGCCAGGGGUGGUGGUAUUUAGUGGUAUUCACAGCCUACAAAAGAGUCUGGUCCGAGUCACCUAAGUCCUUCCUGCCACCCUGGCCAAAACAUCCUGGGGAAGAAGCUCCAUGUGAGACCAAGCACUGAUCACAGCAGUGCCUCUUGCUGGGUCUAGGUUUUGGCAAGGGAGCAUUUCCUAUUGGAAUAUUGGGGAAUCACUUCAUAGCAAAGCAGCCGCUGGCUAGCCAGGUUGUGCUCUUGAUGCUGCCUCCCUGUUUCGUUUUAUUUUCCAUACCAGCAAUGAUGGAAGUGGAUAGUGCAUGGUGGAUCCACUCUUACAGGUAGAGCAGGUGAUUCACAUCCGUGUGAUCCCAGCAAUCCAUGUAGCAGCCCAAGAAAGGCUGCUGAGGCUUUAAAUAACUGAGGUACCCCUUACUUCGGGGAAAGUAAAAACUCUUUCACUGUAUUAGACUCAAAAAAUAGUUUUCCAGGGUAUGGUGGAAUCGAGUUCAUGCAGAGGGUGAGAUGCACCCUUGCAAAUAUCAUCAUGGCAAAGUGGGAGGCAGAUGAUGAACACAGAAUUUACUGGUGUUUCUGAAACUCUGCAAGAACAAACCAGUGGUGGAUAUGCCAUUCAAUGGUUUUGUCCUACUGAAAAAUCUUUAACUUCUACUACAAAUAGUCAUACUUCCUCAGCCCUUUUAUGUAUUUCAGGUUUAUCAGUGUGCAGGCUGUUUUCCCCCUCUUCUUUAUCCCUUCUCUUUGCCAGCCUACCCAUGCCUAUUAGCGCUUUGAUUGCAAAAAAAUACUGUUUAUUUUCAAGCUGAUUAUUUCUGUCCCCAGGCCGUUCUGAUAUCACAGGAUUCACUGUUGGUGCUUCUUACGGCUUAGGAAACAGCUGAAUCAUGUAAAAGAGGGAAAAUCAUUAUUAUUAAUUUUAUUAAGCCAAAAAUGGUCAAAGACUGUAAUAUAGUGGGGGUGUUCUUUGAAGGGGAGCAGGACACAGAUUAUUAUUUUCUUCCCCUUGAGAACAUAUUGUUGUGUCAGUUGAUUAUGGGCAUGGUGAAGGUUGGUGCUUGGAUAAGGAGCUCACUAUAUACAAUUCCUCCGUGACUGGCAACAGUGUCUUCUGUGCAGACUACAGCUUGUGAGAAUCAACUCACUGUUAAGUCCUUGGUGCCUACAAUGCUCCUGGGGUAUGAGGGAGAGCUGCAAAACUUCUGAGGCAUUUCUUAAUGCUGAACUAAGGCAAGAAUGUGAGAAAAAAAGCUUGAUGAAAAUGUAGUAGUGAUUAUGGUGUUAAAUCCAUACUCAUGCUUGGGGCACAUAACUGUGUAGGCUGGGUUGAAGGGGAUAAUCAGCCCUGUACUCGAGGGAUCUUUGCUAGAGCUCCAUUUAACGAAACAAAGCAAACCAAACCAGAUUUGCCUUAUAGGGAGAAGAUUAAAGCUUCAUCAUUCAACUGCAACAAGCAUUCCACUUUCAGCUGAAAACACACAAAAUAGAGGCAAACAGGUAGUAGGUAGUGCUUGAUCUGAUGAGAAUAUCAGCUGAUACACAGACCAUUUUUUGAAACAUGGGACCACCUUUGGGAAGCAUGAGCUGCCAGGCAUGUUUGAAGUGAGGAUUGUUAAUAUUGAUCUAUUUAUUGUUGUCCCUUUCAGAAAGCCUUCUUGUGGGAAGAGAGGGGAUGGAGAAAUACAAGGCUCCAUGCUUUGCAUCUUCCUGAAAAUCAUCUGAAGAUGCUUUACAAGUUAUGAAUCCCUUUUCACACUCCUAAUUUGUGCAGGCCUGGGUUAUUUUUCCUGUGUAAGCCCAUUGCAGGCCACCCCAUAAAGAGCUGACACAUCAGCUUACUAGUAGCAUAAGGACUAAACACUUUGACUACAGCAGGCAAUUCCCACCCAUUUUCUGCAAGAGCUAAAAGAGGUUGUAAGAUCUCCCUGAAAUGUGAAGGAGAAAUACAAGGCAAAAGACAAGCCAAGAAAGACCAUGUAGGCUGGAGGGUUGCUGGGAAUGGGGGAUAUUCAUCACAGCUUCAGAGGCACUGUGUAGGCAAUAUUGCUUACCAUGGUCCUGUUCAUUUCUUCUUGUUGAUUGCUUUAAUUCCUUGACAUCUGUAGUUGUUUACCAAUCUUUUUCCUUCCUCCCUUGCUCCAGGUAAUAAGCAGUGAGAUACCUCAGAGGGCCUGGGGAAACAGUGGUGAUGGGGGAAGGCACUGAGCUCCUGGGGAUCUUUUUGUGUCUCUGUGUGUGCCCCUAUUGCCUGCAUCCCCCCUCCCUUACCAGCUGGCCUCUCUGUCACACCCCCUUGUGCCCUUGAUCUCACUAGGAAAUAGAGAAUGCAAUACCCUGCAGAAUUGCCUAGUCUAUGGGGAUAGAAAGACAGCUCAUCUUAUUAAAAACCUGUCUCAGGAAAGCCUAGGAGCACAGGCUUGGUCAUCUGUCACACCCUGAUCUCCUCCUUACCUUUAGAAAGAAAAGUGCUUUAUUUUUAGCUAUCUGCUGCAUUCAGCUACCCUCUAUGCAAAUUUUAUUUAAUGAAUAUUUUACGUUCUAAAUAGUCUGGGCUCAUGAACAUUAUAUAAAUGUCAUGUUGUUGCAAGCUCUCUGGUAACAGCGUGGAGGACAUCCUGCAGUGUAAAGCUGAAGCCGGAUAAAAUCUGUAAUUAGUGCUCCCAGGGAAGGCAGCCCUGGAUUGUUCAGUGACUGUCCUUUAAGGGGGCAUUAGCAGUGCGGUCAGGGAGGGCACUGCAGGACCCUUGGGAGGCAGCAGCACUCUUCUUUGUGGACUGAGGGGCAUUUCCUUCAGCACGGGUAGCUGGCUUAGGGCCAGUUUUGCUCUUCGAAAGGCUUUGGCAAACCCUAGGGAUGCAUGGAUCCUACACCAGAUCAUUUAUCAUCCCAAUUCAGAAGAGGCAGUCUAUUUAAAGCUGAAAUAUUGAAACUAGCCAGGAUAGCUUGGAAAUCUUCCUUUUUCACAUCAAAAUAGCUUUUUACAGGUGCUUACUGUUUAUUGUAUUCAGUACACCGGACAGAUGGGGAUAGUCUUCUUCAGGAAAGUGCCAAAAACAAACAAAAAAAAAUCAUCCUGAGUAUUUUUUGUCUUUUUGUUUCUUUACCCUCCAUAUAGUUUCUUUUCUUAUAUUUCUACUCCUUAAAUACACUGUAUAUAUGUAAAAACCCAAGCUAAAACCUCAAUAAAUAAAUAAAAAAUAUUGUAUGGAGAGCAA